AUGUGUUUGAAUUCUUCAGAGCCAUUGCCAGACCCACACACACCAACGAUGAGAUCAGCUUCGUACCAUAACAAAUGUAAAUCUAAGACAAAAUUGCAUCUUCGUAUCCGUAAUCUCACCAGGAGGAGAAGGUUGCAGAGGGCAGAGAAGGAGAUGGAGAUGAGAAACUUGAAGCUUUUCGUAGAGAACCAAAGCAUCAUACGAGAGAACGAGGCUCUAAAGAAGAAAGCGCUUCUUCUUCACCAAGAAAACAUUGCUCUGUUUUCCUUGCUUCAUCCAAAACUCUCCCCUGUUUCCACUUCUUCUUCUUCUUCCUCCUUCCUUAAGUGA